AUGCCGCAGCAGCAGCAGCAGCAGCGGCAGCAGCGGCAGCCGUUUUCACUGCUGCUGCUCUUGCUGACGCUGCUGCUGCUGCAGCAGCCGGCAGCAGCAGCAGUCCUUGUGCAGCACACAGCGUGUCCGUUCCUCGCCUUUUUGGCAUGCGAACGCAGCAGCAGAUUGCUGCGAGAAGCAGCAGCAUCAGCAGCUGCUUCUGCUGCUGAGUGCGCUUUCUCAAGCAAGAGGACACUGCCGCGAAGCGCUGCAGCAGCAGCAGCAGCAGCAGCAGAAAAGGGCCUGAACCCAGACAGUCUAGACGAGCCCGAGUCCACAAUAGCAGCAGCGGAGGCUGCAGUAGCGCCAGCUGCUCACCAAGCACUGCAAGAGCAGCAGCAGCAACAGCAGCAGCAGCAGCAGCCGCAAAAGCAGCGCCAACGCAGCAGCGAGCAGCGAGCAGCAGAGGGUUUGGCUGCAGCUGAUGAAGACGAGGAGGAGUUUUCGGGGAUUUCAAAAGAACACUUGAGGCCUUCAGGUGCAGCAACGCAGAAGCUGCUGGCUGCAGCAAAUCGCCUGGCGCUGCAGCGACACCCGAGGGAUACGGGCAGCAGCGAGGCCCAGAUUGGAAUCUUAACAGCGAGGCAAUUCAAAUCCUAA